AUGGGGGAUACCAAUUUUAAAAAUAUCUAUCUAUCUAUCUAUCUAUCUAUCUAUCUAUCUAUCUAUCUAUCAUUUUUUAAAAUCUUUGUUGCUGUCAACGUUGUGACAUUUCUACGAUUCCAAUCAUGUCAAAUCUUCUUUUUUUCUUCUUCCUCUGCCAUCUUCCCCUCAUCUUCUCCCUCCACCUCUUCUUCUUCUCCCUUCUCCUCCGUCCUAGUCUUCUUCUUCUUCUUCUUCUUCUUCUUCUUCUUCUUCUUCUUCUUCUGUCUCCUGCUCCUCUUUUCCUUCUUUCUUUUCUUCUUCUUUUUGGUUAAUCUUGGUCUCCUCGCCUUCCUUUCCUUCCUUUCUCUAAUUAUACUUCUGUCGUUUUUCUGGUCUGUUUAUUUCCCAUUUUCUCUCUUGUUGUUCUUUUCUUCCUCCUUCUCUUCUUCUAUUUCUUUUUGCCUUAUUUCUUUUAAAUUUCUUCUUGCAUACCUUGACGUUAUCAUUUCUUCCUUAUCUAUCUUCACCCUCUCUUUUUCCACCUCUAUCUCAUCUACGUCUUCCUCUAUUCUCGCCUCCAGCUUCUUACAUCUCCUCUUCGUUCUCAUGCCGUUUCACGACUUCCUCAUCCUCCUCCUCCCAUCCUGGAACCGAUGGAAAUAUCUACACAGAAAUGUGGCAAAAAUGCGUUCACGGAAACCGUUACGGUCAACGGUCGUCGAGUUGCCGGUAAAAAUCGUCUUAUGUGAGCAUUUCCUUUCGAAAUGGUUAUUUCAAACAAUACAUUGGACAUUUCUUGAAACAGCACCGCACGUUCGUCUUUGA